ACUGCUCUCAGAUAUGAAAAUAAAAAUACCCACUGGCAGUGGCAGUGUGUGUGCUUUGGUUGUCUUCCCCAGAGCAUGCUGGUAUUCUUGAUUUGAUUUCAUUUUCUUUCUUUCUGAAGCACUAGACAAGAUGUUCACAUCUGUAGCAUAACUGGUUAUGAAUGGCUUAUUGUUUGGGCUCUGCAGUGUGUGAUCUCCGUUUCUCAGCUCCUCAUGUCCAACCUACAGUGAAAAGGAAACGUGUCUUAUGGAAUAUUUGUUGCUUUUUGGAAGAUAGCUCCAUUGGUCACUCGUUACUUCUCUAAGUUAUGUAGAGGUCAGCCAUCUAUGUGUGGGCUUUUGAUAAAUCAGGUAUACUUGUUGUUUAGGUGCUAGAAGAAAUGCAUGUGAGGUAUGUGAACUUCAGCUAUAUGGUGACUUUGUUGAGCCUGGAUUACUUUUCUUUGAAAUGGCAUCCUUGCCAAAACAUUUCUCCACAAAGGCAUGUCAGUAUUUUGCAAACAUAGCAGAUUUCCUUCUAUCUUAAUGCAUUCCUUUUUUCUUUGAAAAAUUAUCUUUUCUUGAACAUCAUUGGAGCUAUGUAUUGACAAGUGUAGGUUGCUUGAAAGCUCAUCUUCCAAUCAGAUUUGAAUUGUUAACGUUCUACAUUGGAAUGUGUCUCUGCUUUCAGUUAACUGGUUUUUAGUUUUGAAAAAGCACUGUGUUUCUUUUCUACUUAGUUCAAACCUAAGGGCAUUUGUUUGGUUAGAAAUGAAGCCUGUUGGCUUGAAGAGUGUCAAGAUUUGUGAAUCAAAGAGCUCUGUUCGCCUAGGGCAGCCAUGUUCGUUAGGUCAGAGUAGAAGGAAAGUCAAGCCUUUGAAUGACCCCUCAUCAUACUCCCUUUCAAUUGGCAAUGGAGACUACUUUUGGACGAAUAAAGAAAUGUUGUGGAAUUAUGUGCAGACUCUAACUGAGCAGGGAGCAGAGAAACCUGAAGGGACAGGUCAGUCCUCUGGGAUCACUGAUCAAGAGAAGGAGUUAUCAGGCAGUGCUUUUCAAGCCUUCACGGCUGGAAAUUAUGACACCUGUCUGCAACACCUGGCCUGCCUACAAGAUAUAAACAAAGAUGAUUAUAAAAUAAUUUUGAAUACAACAGUAGCUGAGUUUUUUAAAAGUAACCAAACAACAACAGACAAUUUGAGACAAACACUCAACCAGCUGAAGAAUCAGGUCCACUCAGCUGUUGAAGAAAUGGAUGGACUAGAUGACGUUGAAAACAGCAUGUUGUAUUACAAUCAGGCGGUCAUUCUUUAUCAUCUUCGACAGUAUACAGAAGCGAUAUCAGUUGGCGAGAAACUUUAUCAGUUCAUAGAACCUUUUGAAGAAAAAUUUGCCCAAGCCGUGUGUUUCCUGCUUGUAGACCUGUAUAUAUUAACCUAUCAGGCUGAGAAAGCUUUGCAUCUUCUUGCUGUCCUAGAAAAAAUGAUUUCACAGGGAAACAAUAACAAAAAUGGGAAGAAUGAGACUGGUAAUAACACCAACAAAGAUGGAUCUAAUCAUAAAGCUGAAAGUGGAGCUCUGAUAGAAGCUGCAAAGUCAAAGAUACAUCAGUAUAAAGUGAGAGCUUAUAUCCAGAUGAAGUCCCUGAAAGCGUGCAAAAGGGAAAUCAAGUCAGUCAUGAACACAGCUGGAAAUUCUGCACCCUCUCUGUUUCUUAAAAGCAAUUUCGAGUACUUAAGAGGGAAUUAUCGAAAAGCUGUGAAGCUGCUAAAUAGCUCAAACAUUGCUGAACAUCCAGGCUUCAUGAAAACAGGUGAAUGUUUAAGAUGCAUGUUCUGGAACAAUCUUGGUUGCAUCCAUUUUGCCAUGAGCAAGCACAACUUGGGGAUUUUCUACUUUAAAAAAGCUCUGCAGGAGAAUGACAACGUCUGUGCGCAGCUCAGCGCGGGCAGCACGGAUCCAGGCAAAAAAUUUUCAGGAAGACCCAUGUGUACGUUGCUAACCAACAAGAGGUAUGAGCUGUUGUAUAACUGUGGGAUUCAGCUUCUUCACAUUGGACGACCCCUCGCUGCCUUCGAGUGUCUGAUCGAAGCGGUUCAGGUUUACCAUGCAAAUCCCCGCCUGUGGCUGCGACUGGCUGAGUGCUGUAUUGCUGCCAAUAAGGGGACUUCUGAACAAGAAACGAAAGGUCUUCCAAGCAAAAAAGGAAUUGUACAGUCUAUCGUUGGUCAAGGCUAUCAUCGUAAAAUAGUCCUGGCAUCACAGUCCAUACAGAACACUGUAUAUAAUGAUGGGCAGUCUUCAGCCAUUCCUGUAGCCAGCAUGGAGUUUGCAGCCAUUUGUCUCAGAAAUGCCUUGUUGCUGUUACCUGAAGAACAGCAAGAUCCGAAGCAGGAGAACGGGUCUAAAAACAGCAGUCAAUUAGGUGGGAACACGGAGAGCAGUGAAAGCAGUGAAACUUGCAGCAGUAAAAGCCAUGAUGGAGACAAAUUUAUUCCAGCUCCACCUUCUUCUCCAUUGAGAAAACAGGAAUUAGAAAACUUAAAGUGCUCCAUGCUGGCCUGCAGUGCUUAUGUGGCUCUGGCUUUGGGUGAUAACCUCAUGGCUCUGAAUCAUGCCGAUAAACUCCUGCAGCAGCCCAAGCUGGCGGGGUCUCUGAAGUUUCUGGGCCAUUUAUAUGCUGCAGAAGCCCUCAUCUCUCUGGACAGAAUAUCUGACGCCAUCACGCACUUGAACCCAGAGAAUGUCAUUGAUGUCUCCUUAGGAAUCUCUUCGAAUGAGCAGGACCAAGGAUCGGACAAAGGUGAAAAUGAAGCGAUGGAGCCCUCUGGGAAGCGGGCCCCUCAGUGCUACCCAAGUUCCGUCAGCUCCGCCAGGACUGUGAUGCUCUUCAACCUUGGCAGCGCCUACUGCCUGCGGAGCGAGUAUGACAAGGCCCGCAAGUGUCUCCACCAGGCGGCCUCCAUGAUCCAUCCUAAAGAGGUGCCACCAGAGGCCAUCUUGCUGGCAGUGUACCUUGAACUGCAGAAUGGUAAUACCCAGCUGGCCUUACAGAUCAUCAAAAGGAAUCAGCUGCUCCCUACGGUGAAAACGCUGUCCGAGAUGAGAAAGAAGCCAGUGUUCCAGCCAGUCCACCCGAUCCAGCCCAUCCAGAUGCCGGCUUUCUCCACUGUGCAGAGGAAGUGACGUCUGGCUCUUGGAAGACUGUUACCUGAGGCCCAGGGGAGUUUUUACUGGCCUUGAUAAUUGCAUCACAGCAAAACGAAUAAAAGACAGACAGUGAAGGGUGCUAGUUCUGAAGACAUAAUUUUGAGACCCGUCUACUCCUGACUUUUUUUGCCAGAAACUUACUAAAAAUUAAGGAUUCAUAAACUCACCUUCAGCCAUUUUUCUUUAACCUUUUCCAGACUAUUAAUUUUAAGCCAUUAUGUGAUCUGUCUGUGAUCUGUCCUAGGCAAUUAAAACAUGGUCUUAUCAGAA